GGGCACAAACCCGGAUGUAAACGUCACAGAUGGAGAGGUCAUAGUCACAUAAUAAACACUCACCACUUUGUCGAUGAAAAGUGCUUUUAUUUAGAAGAAGCUGUGAUUGUAUUUUUUCUUAUUUUUUAACCAAAAAUGUCAACACCAGCAAGGAGACGCCUUAUGCGGGAUUUCAAAAGAUUACAAGAAGAUCCACCUGCUGGCGUAAGUGGUGCACCGACAGAUAAUAAUAUUAUGCUAUGGAAUGCUGUUAUAUUUGGGCCUCAUGAUACACCUUUUGAAGAUGGAACAUUUAAAUUAACAGUAGAGUUCACGGAGGAAUAUCCCAAUAAACCACCAACAGUUCGAUUUGUAUCAAAAAUGUUUCAUCCAAAUGUCUAUGCAGAUGGCAGUAUAUGUUUAGAUAUUCUACAAAAUAGAUGGAGUCCAACAUAUGAUGCCUCUGCCAUAUUAACCUCAAUACAGUCUUUACUACAUGAUCCAAAUCCUAAUAGCCCAGCAAACAAUGAGGCUGCACAGUUGUAUCGAGAAAAUCGUCGGGAAUAUGAGAAAAAAGUUCAAUCUAUAGUUCAAGAAAGUUGGACAUCCGAUAGUGAAGAUGAGGAGGAACCUGAUAAGAAAUCGUAGCAUUUCAUGAAAAAAAUUAAACCAAAAACUUUAUUUGUGCAACUUACAAGCAUGUUCUCAUUUCGAGAAUCAUCAUGCCGAUUUUGGAGGCCUUUUCCCCCCUCCGUUUUGAAGUUGAAAGUGGUUUUUGAGCAACUUUAACUGUUGGUUUGAAGAGAGGACAGUUAUUGCCGACAGUAAAAAAAAAUUCAUUUCAAUAUGUGCACAUGUUAAUGUUUUUAAGGAAGGAAUUAGCAUGUCUUAUAGGUUUAACAAUAUAACAAAAUUGUUUUCUGGCACUGCAUAAAAUAUAUUGUUGAGGAGAUCCUUCAUAUAUCAAUAUUGCAGUAAACAUAAUACAUUUAACAUGAAUAUGUAGUUUUCUUUUUACGGUUAUUUUAUUUAUUGUUUUAUCUGCUUAAUUUUUUCAUUGUGUUGUUUUUGUGUUGUUUUUUCCAUUUGUUUGAAAAAUUAAUCAUUUAUUAAUCAUGCAACAUUAUUACGUUUGUCGUGAGUUUGAUGGAAGAAUUUGCCAUUCCGUGAUGAAUUUAUGUAUGAGACUUACAUUAAAAUCAUGGAAUUGCCAAAACAAAGAACCUGUGAUAGCGAUAAUGCAGUGGUGCACACAAUUCCAUAAAAUACAAUUUUUGCAACUUUCUCUUAACCCUUUUCUUUAGUUGGAAAAUAACAUGUUCCCCAAUUUUAUAAUUAAGUUUUGCAAUCAACUAUAAAUGAUAUCAAAAACAUUGGUAUCCUUAAAUAUAUAUAGGGCCCAGCAAUAAAACUUAAUAUUUUUUCUGGAGAUAAUUUGGCCGGAAAUUGAAGUAUCCAUUAUUGAAAUAAUGUGAUUAUGUGAAUUUAUUGUAUACCAAAUAUAGUGAAAUCUUUGAUAUAUGUUUGUAUUGCAUGUGUUAUAUUAUAGCAGUUAGUUGUUUAAAGGGAAUAUAUAUACCAGGAUAUGUUAUAAGUUUUGUUCCUUCUCCUUACAAAGCACAGAUAAAAAGUUGAAAACCUUUCAGACCAGUACAAUAUUAGACUUUGUUUAUGUUGUCUUUAAAUUUGGAUCAGAGAUGACAUGGAAAAUUUGAUCAGAGGGGAAAAAUUACCUCUAUUUCUGUUCCUUUCAGUCUUUGUUAGAUGAACCCAAUCCUAACAGUCCUGCAAAUAAUGUCGCGGCACAACUCUAUCGGGAAAACCGCCGUGAAUAUGAAAAGAGAGUUAAAGCGGUGGUCGAAGAAAGUUGGAUUUAUCUGGGGGAUUAAACAUCUUCAUCAUCAUCAUCAUCACCUUUUCCAUUGUUUUCAUUACAUUCAAUUAACUUGUACUUUUUGCCAUUUUGUAAUGUACAUGUUCUUGUCAUUUCACAUUAUUUGGUGAAAUGAAUUGUUAAGACUUGUUCAAGUUUCAGGAAGCUUGAACUUUUUAUAGCUAAAGGGUGGGUAAUAUUCUGUGGCAAUUUCUUUACCAUUUUGCAUAAGAUUAACUCAAUAGCUUUGAAAAUGGUAGAAUAUUACAAAAGUUCUUACAUUUGAAAACGUUGCUUGAUAAAAAGUGUGCUUUAAUUGUGAUUAAUGUAUGUAUACACAUGUAUAUUGUUAUAUUAAAGUUAAGGAGCAGUUUUGUUAUAAAAGGUCUGGUUAUGCCAUCACCUGAGGUCAGGGUUGAAGAGAAAACAAUAGUUAAUGAUGAAAGGGAUGAAACACUCAAUAUUUAAACAUAAAGAAAAUGUGUAUUUAUGAGUGUUUAAGUUUAUUUGACACACCUUGUGUACAAAAGGUAAAACAGAUUUGUCGAAAUCCUAUAUUUGCAGCUCGAAUUUUAGGGCAUUAUCAAAUCUGACAGAUUGUUGUAUUGAUGAAUUGCAUGUACAAUACAUGUAUUAACAAUUACAUAGCAAAACUUUUUAAUUUAGCACAACCAUAUACCCUACUGCAAUGGUUUCAGCAGGAGAAUAGCUAAAAUUAUACAUUAAUUUUUCAAUAUGUACAUUUACAGAUUUCAGAAAACCUUAAAAAAAUAUUCGGUGUAUUCAGUGUGCAACUCUUGAUUUUUGUAGUAAUUUCAGAAGUCAAAUCACCAUUUCUCAGAAAUAUGAGGGAAAACACAUGUCAAAUAUACAUGUCCUUCCAAACCCAAGAGUCAAAUCUCAUUUGGGGAAGUCAAAAAUAUACUCUCAAGGGUCUGCUUAUGGAUGUACUUUAGCUCAUGGGUGACAUUUUAAGAUUUGUUAUGUAAUAGGUUGUCCAAGAUCUGUUCUUUGUCAUAACCUGUUUAUUGACAAUUGAUAUAAAUACAUAAGAAGAUCAUUGAUAUAAACACAUUAGUUGCAAUCUACAAGGUACUUUAUAUGAACUCCUAUUUGUAAAAUCAUGAUCAUGAUUGUCUCAUGAAUAAUUUUCUUUAAGGUUUGGUUUUGAUUUACAAGAAAUGUAUUUGUAAGAGAAAGUAUAAUUGGUUAGACUUCAUAAAUUCAAAAGUAAUUUGUGAGAAAGUCUUGUUCCCAAGAGUGUCAAGCCAUUUCCUGAUUCAUUAUAAAUUUGUAAUCAAGCUGUAAUUAUUGGGAAUAUUUUCUCAGGAAAAGACAAAAUGAACAAGUACCUCAGUAUAGUGUUGUAAUACAACUUACCGGUGUCUUGUAAACUGAAUCUCGGUCCCAGGUGAUGAUGAAAGUAUUGUAAGAGUCCAAGUAUCUAGCACCGUUGGAUGAAACUGUGGGUUUUCAGCAACAUUGCAGAUAUCACAGAAGUUAAGAACAUUGAUGUAUAGUAUUUUCCUACAUUUUUCGUUACAGAGAAUUUAUUAAUUUUCAAUGACUAGGAAUCUUAAGUUCUAGCCAUUAUCAUUAUAGAAAAAUAUCUUGUCAUUCACAGUGUGCUAGCUGCACCUUUACUGGGUUUCAGCAUUGUUGGAAUGUGAAAAUACUAUGUUUUUAUUUUAAUCUCUAUAUAAUUAUGUUAGAUAUGAUGAAGAUUCUUGAUUUAGUAAUUGGAAUCAGAUUGGGAAAGACAGAUUGAGUCUUCAGUUUAGAGUGUUUUCAUUAUAACUGUACAACUUUUAUAUUCAAUCCUUUUUGCAUAGUGAUAUACUGAUGUAGUUAAGCUGGAAGAAUAGUAGCAAAACAAUGUUACCAAUUUGAUAGCUAUUUUUCAAAAACAAAUUGAUAUACUUCUAAAGCACCUUAAAGAUUCUGAAGUAUUUUUCUGUUAGAAACAUUUUUUCUUAAAACUUUUCUUCUUGAUUUUUUUUUCAUUACAUUAUCACUGCAUGGAUCUACCUGAUAUUAUGUAAAAUGUUUUUGAAUUAGUUAAACAGUUUGUAGACCUCAUUCACUAUGUAAAAUCUCCACAUUUUACUUUUAGCGAAUAUGAAAAUAAAAUUGUAAAAUAUGAUGAUAGAAAUUGGCGUCGUGAGAAUUAUUGACAGAUUUUUUUAUUAAGAAACUUGUUAAUAUUUUUAUGCACUGAGACUCUCACUUUCUUAAUAUCUUCAAUCUUUAACAUUGUCAUUGUUAAUUAAUCUGUUGACACUGUGAAAUCAAUAUACCAUACAACUAUACAUUUAGAUAUAUCCCUCCUGACCGAACAGGUAAUAGCCAGUGUGAGAGAAUGUAUUUGCCGACUCCUUAGACUUAACCAAUAUGUGGACUCAUACAAAUAUCUGUCAACAGAAAUAUAGCUUUUGCUAAUUAUUCUUGUCAUAUAAACAUUGUAAACAGUAUGGCAAGUAUACAAUGUCAUAUUAACAACUGUAAAUGAGUAAAUGCCGACUAGUUCCAAGCCUGUUUAGUUUAACUCUGCCUCACAAGGCGAUUUGUGAAAUAUUAGAUAUAUCCUGUAUAUGGAUCAGUAUUGUGACUUAAUGUAUUCCUUAUGAUACUGAUUAGAGUCUUGGUUCAUCAGUACAGCAGAGUGUGUUAAUUAUCAUGUAUUCUGGUGAUUGGUAGACUUCACAUUGUUUUAUAGGAUGACCUUGUGACCUAUGGGACAUUAAUUGGUCCAGAAUGCGAGUGAACUGACUAGGCUUCCACUGUCUGGAUAUACGUAUUUGUAUAGAAGUAGCAUGUAUUAUCAGCAUGCUGUUGAUAACAAUCCACUCAAACUUAUUAUAUUGUAUCGACACAUUGUCUAGUGUGAUCAUUGUCAAAGUGCAAGAUGAAAUAAAUUUAUUUAAAUACUGA